AUGUACAAGAUGUACACGAUAAGAAUGGUGUUGGUUUUUUUGCUGAUCCUCCUGGCGGAAGCUGGCCCGACCGCAGCCUGCAGCAGCAGCUGUUCAUCGCGUUGUUACUGCUAUAGUAGAGGCCUCACCAGUGUUCCCCAGGACCUGCCAACAAACGUUACUGAGCUUUACUUGCACUACAACGUCAUCACAACCUUAAACCAGUCCGACUUCUCCAGGCACAGCACACUGACAACAUUACAACUUCAAUACAACCAGAUCUCCCUAAUCAACAGCGGAGCGUUCUACAACCUAACCAGGUUAACUCACUUGUAUCUUUACAAUAACCGGUUAACCAGUCUCCGAUCUGACAUGUUUGUGGGACUUGAUAGCCUUCAGAUACUUUAUCUGUAUCACAACAACAUCCACAGUAUCGAGGCAGGAACCUUCAACGCCACCCCGCAACUCCGCGAGCUUCAACUUCAGUACAACAACAUCAGCAACAUCGCAGCUGGCGCACUUGCAACUCUAUCCCGGCUUCAAUGUUCAGGGUUUCACACCCUUAGAAUGGACUCCAACCAAAUGGCGACGCUACCUUCCGUGGCAUACGAUAUUCUUGCCUCCGUCCCAUCCGUACACAUUAACAACAACCCCUGGCAGUGUGACUGCAGGAUGCUUCCCUUUAAGCUAAGGAUGAACGGUGACCAUCCAUUUGAUAACCAGAUCACCUGUGUCGGUCCUGCUAACCUGCGAGGAAAAAACUUACUGUCGGGUGUAAAUGCUGACGAUCUGAUCUGUGAGGAUACGACAUCAGCUUUAACUCCCUCAGCUGUUGUUGAGAUGGAAACUUCAACAUCAGGCUCCUACACUCAUCUAGUCCUCAUCAGCGGGUUUCUGGGGGCGUUGAUCGGAGGUCUGCUCACCUCGACCGUUUUUCUCGCAGUUUGGUGCCACCGCAGGAGGAGAGAAAGUGCGAGCACAUCUGUACCUGGCCCGACUGUUGCCUACAGCAACACUGAGUCCCAGACGUGCACGGCUGUUACUAUGACAACCAGCGUGUCACGUGCGGAAGAGUAUGAUGACGUAACAACCAGUGCGUCACGUAAAGAAUGUAUGAUGACGUAG